AGAUUAAAUUUUGCAUCAGGAUGUGAAGGGUCCUCAAACUGUUGCUUUUAAUUUGCCAAAUGAUGAGCGUAUAGUAAAAGACCGAGGAACAUCAAUGGUCAUUCUUAAGAAUGUUUCAGAGGCCAAGUUCAAGCAUAUUCUUCAGCCUAUAGCUGAUGUUUGUAUUACAAAGGAACAACAAGAACUUGUAGAUUUUGAAUCCUUCUUCACUCACACAAUUUGCCAUGAGUGCUGCCAUGGGAUCGGGCCCCAUACCAUAACACUUCCAAAUGGUCAAAAGUCUACAGUCAGAUUGGAACUGCAAGAACUCCACUCAGCUUUGGAAGAAGCAAAAGCUGAUAUAGUUGGCCUUUGGGCACUCCGGUUCCUAAUCAGCCAGGAUUUGCUUCCCAAGAGUUUGUUAAAGUCCAUGUAUGUUUCCUUCCUUGCUGGAUGCUUCCGGUCAGUACGUUUUGGCAUACAUGAAGCUCAUGGGAAAGGACAAGCACUGCAGUUCAACUGGUUAUAUGACAAAGGGGCCUUCAUUUUGCACCCUGAUGAAAAGUUUUCUGUUGACUUUUCUAAGGUUGAAGGUGCCGUUGAAAGUCUGAGUAGGGAGAUCCUCACUAUACAGGCAAAAGGUGACAAAGAAGCUGCAAAUGUGCUUCUUCAGAAAUAUAGUAAAAUGACCCAACCAUUAAAGCUUUCUUUGCAGAAAUUAGAGGACAUUCAGGUUCCUGUGGACAUAGCUCCCAUAUUUCCUAUUGCCAACAAAAUAUUGGAGUGAAGACACUGGACUUUCAACUGUGAUCCUUUCCAUCUAUCAAAGAACAGUUGGUUUAAUAAUCAUACAAUUUAUUUUUAUUUUGGAAGAGGCAUAAGAAUUAGUAUAAUAUAUGAUGACAAUUAGUCAUCAGAUGGCUUAAAUGUUCCUUAUGUGAUUAAAUCUUUAAUAUAUUAAGUUUCAGCUACUCUA